AUGGGGUCUGAGUUGGUUUCUGCUGUUGUCACUAAAUGGGUGUGUGGCCAGCCAUUGGUACGCCCUACGGAUGUGGUGUUUGAUUUAAAAAAUGACCAUGGAUUGGACAUUAGUUACCGGGUAGCAGGGUUAGGUGUCAAGAAAGUGAGGGGUGAAGUUUAUUGGGAUCAUGCCAUGUCGUUCAACCAACUAAGAUGGUACAAUAGAACAUUCCUGAAAGGCAGAUUUAAGGGUAAUUUGCUUGUCGCUACCGCUAAAGACAACAAUCAAGGAUUGUUUCUGGUUGCGUUCGUUAUUGUUGAUUUUGAAAAUUCAGCUAAUUGGGAAUGGUUUCUUCGAAAUUUGAAAGAAGUUGUUUGCGAUGGUCAGACAUUGACAUUCAUAUCUGACCGCCACAUUGGACUGUUGCUAUCGAUGCCAAACAUAUUCCCUUCAACACACCAUGGAUAUUGUUUGUUUCUUUUUCAAAUUAAUUUACGAGACCGCAUGAAGUACGUUAACGCAUCGCACAAGGUUGGCUUGAUGCGCAAGUUACGAGAUUGUGCUUACGCACCCACCGUCGCUUGUUUCAAUGAGAAAUUGGAUGUAUUGAAGAAGUCUAGCCUCAUUAUAAUUGAGGAUUUUAUGAAAGACUUACAUCCCAAACAUUGGGGUAACGUGUGUUUCAGGGGCCAACGCUACAGAGAGAUAUGUUCAAAUACUGCCGAAUCAUUCAACAAUUGGGUACGCGAUGCUCGUUAUCUUUCUAUUACUAGACUGGUUGAUAUGAUAAGGGGCAAAUCAUGGAGCAAAUGGCGGAACACAGAGGUAAAUGCACCAAAUGGCCCAGCGUGA